AUGUCCACGACCGACGGGAACGCUACCGGGAUUUUGGGAGCAGAGGUGCUCAGAGGACCAGGACCCGCUGAAUCCUCUCCUAUCCAUCGCCAUGCCCUUGGUUUCUACACUGCUGUCUGCUCCGUGGCGAGGUUCACCCGGACUUCCAAUACUUCCAACCCGUUGCCAAUCGAUCGUGAAUUGGUCUAUACCGCUUUACACGAUGUUAUAUCUCGCCAUUCACCGUUGGCCGUGACGAUAGAAGGCGAAGAUGCUUCUGCUCGCUUCAUCCAAGUUCCAUUCAUCGACCUCGAGCGGAUGGUCGAUGUGCAUCACUAUCCGCGGGGUUCGGACGAGGCUUCACGACAGCGCUACCUGAACCAAGUCAUAGAAAAGCGGCUCUCCUCUCGAUUCACCGACCUCGGCGUUCUCCCUCCCUGGCGCAUUGUAGCCUUGUAUCCUCACGUCGAUGAACUUGGAGGAAUAGAGAGCGACAUCGAUAUUGCGCUCUUCAUACAUCACGCCAUUUCCGACGGUGUCGGCGCUACCAUAUUCAUGCGGACCCUUUUGGCCGCACUCAACUCGACUUCCGCGCUACAACGCGGCGAGUAUCCUGGCAAAGUCGUUCCACCGCCGAAGGCCACAUUCCUCCCGUCACUGGAAGUGCUCCGCCCCCUUCCAGUCUCAUAUCUCGUCCUCCUGAAGAUUAUCUGGUACAUGUGGUUCCCUGCCUCUCGUGCCGGCCUCUGGACGGCCAAACCAGUGUCAAGCCCUUCUGGCACCGACCCCACGAGUUAUUCCUUGCCCGUUGUGCAGACGCGCCACGCUAUCCGCAUCUUCUCUCCCGAGACCGUCGCACGUCUGCUCGCCGCGUGUCGCGCACACCAGACGACGCUCACUCCAUUGCUCGAAGUCCUCCUCGCCCGCGCACUCUUCGCCGUACUGCCCACAGACGGGACCGCGGAUCGCCUCAAGGCUGCGUGUCCUAUCAAUCUACGCCCGUUCCUUCCGGGAGAUCAUCGGAUGACUAUGGGCGUCUAUUCGUCUGCGGAUGAUCACGAGUUUAGGCGCGACAAUACAGACGUUUGGGAGGAAGCGAAGCGUGUCGGAGGUUCGCUCGCGCGAGUGCUGGACGACAUGAAGCGCGGCAGACAUUUUGAAGUCGGAUUGCUGCGAUACAUACGCGAUAUGCGCGCUUUCUUUGCAGGAAUGGUCGGGAAACCGCGAGGAGACUCGUUCGAAGUCAGCAACAUUGGCGUAGUCAGGGGGGUGUUGGAAGAGGGACCGUGGUGUAUGUCGCAGAUACUGUUCACGCAGAGCGCGAGUGUUGCGGGCGCCGCGGUCAAGUGUAGCGUUAGCUCUGUAAAGAGUGGGCCGAUGACGUUCUCGGCCUCUUGGGUGGAAGGAGUUGUGGAAGAGACGGUUGUGGAUGCGGUCUUGGAGAAAUUCUCAUCUGCGGUUGACGAUGUAUGCUCCGGCAGGCUAUAA